UGUCACUGUCAAUGUCAGAAGCAGAUUUUAUUGAUUUGUUUCGUGUACGGUUUUUGAUUAUUUCUCUUCUAAUUUCUUUAAAAACACUAAAUAAUCAAUGAAACAUAUGCUUUUGCUCCAAUAACUACAUAGGCUGAAGUGGCCAAAAUGAACGAAGAAGAGAAAACAGCAAUAAUACAAAACCUUAACCUUAGGGUAGGAAAUGAUAUAAAUGAUUUAAAAAGUACAUUACAAAUACAGGCCGAAUUAACAACCAAACGAGAUUUACUUUUAAAGGAUCUAAAUGCAGCCAACGAUGAAGUACCACAAAAACUAGCAGCUGCUUUAGAAAAAGCAGAACUGAAUUCCAGUCACAUUGAUCAAUUAAAAUGUAAAAGUGAAGAAUUAAAAAAGAAAGUAGAAGCAUUCUUAAACAAAACUGAACCAUUGAGAAAUGAGUUUGAUAAACGUUUUGCUGCUAUCAACAAGUUGGAAGAGGUUUUAAUCUACUUGAAAUCAUUUGAGAAAAUUGAUGACUUGAGUAAGCAGAUGAAACAGUCUAAUGACGAUGAGCAGUUGGUCCUCCUGUAUUCGGAACUCAAGAACAUGUGUAUACAGUACCAGAAAGGGCACAGAGCCAGCUAUGUGAAGGAAUACACACAUUACUGGCAUAAUGUACUAAAGGAUAAACUUACCAAAAAUUACGAAGAUGUAUUAAAGCUUCUAAAAUGGCCAUUCUCCGCUCCACCAGAGAAUCCGCCUGCACCCAAAGAAGUGUUGGUGAAAUUCAACAGCCUUACUAAAUACCUUUUCCUUAUAGAAGAGCCUGAAGAAUUAGUGAACAAUAAUGUUACAAAUGAAGCAUGGCAAGAAAAAGGUCCAUGUCUUCCAGUAAGAGUGCUGCUAAGGCCUCUCAAAAAGAGGUUUCAGUUCCACUUCACGGGCUCCCGACAAACGGCUCGCAUUGACCGGCCGGAGUGGUUCCUUACACAAACCCUCACUUGGAUUAAGAACCACCAAGGUUUUGUGAAGCACCAUGUCCAGCCCAUCGCUGAUAAACUUGAACUGAAAAAUGUUUAUGCAGUGGACGAAUUCAAUGCCGGCCUCAUAGCGUUAGCAGCAGAAAGACUUCAUACAGUACUAGCAUUGUAUCACACACAAAGCUCUAAAGGCGAGAUAGCAGACGUGGAUGCGGCGUUCGCUCACGCCGUGGACGAAACACUAGGCUUUCAUAGAGAACUAGUGGAGAUUACUGGGAAAGAUAUUAAUACUGUGCUCUCAGUAUUGACGAAAGUGGAAACUUUCUUAAGAUGGCAGACUGUGGAGAAGAAAUAUGCCCUAGCAAAGAUGGACGAGAUCCUCGAGUCUCCACAAUGGAGUGAGGGUGUAGGUUCAGGCGCUGGGGCAGCCACGGGCGCCGCGCUAUGGAUACCACGCGCCGCUGACUGGUUCGUCACGCUACUACGAACUAUCGAGGACAGAUAUAAAUUACUACCGCAACCGGGACAUAGGUUAAACUUCCUCGAACUGCAACUGGAACUGGUAGAAGAAUGGCGUAUCCGUCUCACUCAGUUGUUGAGUGCCGGCUUAGAUUCCCUUCACGUGGAUUCCUUCCUAUCGGCGGAUGCGACGUCACACCCAGUGACGGCUGUCAUUAAUGCUGCGCAUCAUACAAUGACUGUAUUGCUACAAUGGGCACAUUCUUUGCAUUACCUGCAACUACAUUUCUACCGGCGUCAGUUCCACAACUUCACUCAGCAACAGCAUCAUGAUGAAGAGUUCAGUGAGGAGACCACAGAUACUGAUUACACUGAGUCCGAUGAUACACCCGUCAAGAAGAACAAAGAAAUUUCUGCACAAGCAUUAUCUUUGAUGGAAGUGGAGUUGCAAGCUAAGAACUUGGCGCUCAGUGAAGUGUCUCGGAGGAACUCACUGGUUGUUGAGCUAAACCAGUAUGACAUUACAAUGCCCAUAGCUAACCCAGCGGUGGCCGAGCCUUUAACAGGCGAAGACGAGGCCGAAGAAGCGGGCGUAUUCGCUGAAGCUCCCGCGUUACUAGCGCGGCUUAGAGACAGUGGUCUCGCGUCUCUAGCUGAACAUAUAUUGCUUGAGUUCAAAGCCGGCUUGAAGGACUAUAAGCGGCAAAAAUGGCACAGCCUAGUAGUAGUGGAGCAACUAGCGCUGUGCGUGUCUAGUUCGCUGUGCCGGCCGCUGGCGGCGCUGUGUGCGCGGCUGGCCCGCGCCGCGCAUGCGCUCGCGCCGCCCCUCACUGCCAGGCUCAGGGCACAUCUUGCUGAUAUCGUCGACAAUUAUAUUUUCGAGGAGAUAGUCCUAGAGAGUUGGUUCAACACGGGCGGUACGAUGCAGUUCACGUAUGACGUCACACGGAACUUGGUUCCUGCGUUCGCUCCACCUAACAAAGUGGCUACCGAAGUUUACCAGUUACCUCGAUUACUAGAGGCCUGCAAAAUCCUAAACCUAGACUACGAUGACGCGCGCCGUCUCCGAGCUUGCCUUACGAAACAGUCAGCGGCUGCGGAGGAACAUUUAGAUAAUCAUAAAAUCCGCUUCAUAACACCAGCACAAGUCCUACAGAUCCUCAACCAGAGAACUGACCUCAGUGAUGCUUCCAGCCCUUCGUCAGUAAUGGAGUUGUUCUGAAGAUACGAAGGAGGAGGCAUCUAAGGAACUUGCCCUUAACGUAUGGCAUGUCCAUCCAUCGAACCACUAUUUCAAUCCAUUGAUUAUUAUCCUUUUUUAGCUGACACACUAUUUAUACUUCGUUUACUUCCAUAAAGCAUUAAAAUGAAAAGUCCUGCGACCUCCCUAAUAUCUAUUCUAUACAUAUGUUGUCUUUCCGAUGAAAUUUAUAAUAAAUUAAUGCUACGGUCAUACGGAAAAAAAUUGGUGUUUACAAGUCUAUUGACGAGAAAACUAAGUGUGGGAGACCCAAGGCCCAAGCUUCGGUACGAAUGAUCGGCUCGACCGGAGUGAAACCACGGUCUCACAGAAAACCGGCGUGAAACAACCACAGCGUUGUAUUUCGCCAUUUUACCGGAGGUCCAUUCCUUCUGCUCCCCACUUCACUCCCCAAUCCCUAAAUUAUUUUCGAAGCCUUAAUCCCCAAAAGCCGGAACCGCAUUCGUAACUCCUUUAGCGUUUUGGGAGUCCAUGGGCAGCGCCUCUCACUUACCAUCAGGCAAUCAGUCUGAUCGUAUUUCCACUUAUCACAUAAAUAACGCAGUUCCAUAAGUCUAUAGAACAUCAAAAUAUGUUUAUCCGAUAAUAUGGCCGUAGCAUUCGGAAGUCCGGACGCGGUAAUACAAUGAAGGUCGCAGGUAUUUAGUAUCCUAAAUACUCCUAAUGUUUCCGCGUCAUAUGAUCCUUAACUCUUACUAAUAACGUAAUGUAGAAUCUAUGCACGUACCUACCUAUCUAAAAAUAAGGAUUUAGUCGAUAACUUGAAAAAUGAGUAUGAUAUAUUAAAAAAUGGCCUUAUAAAAAUAAAUAACAAUGUGAGCUUGAUGGCCGGUUUACGGUUUUGUUGUUUGUCGUAUUUAGGUUUUUAUUUAGAAGUACUUACUAUGAGUUUGAUUUGUUAGUGGCCAAUAUUUUCAUUCAUGGUAAAUCGUGAGUGAAUUCCUAAACAGCUCGACCGAUUUUAAUGUUAUUAUGCUCACGUUUAAAGGUUCGACUGCACGGUUGGCACGGUGGCUGGGAAACUGGCUACCGCGCAACGUGUCGCAGGUUCAGUUUCCGCA